ACUUAAUUAAUUGAAUAGCCAAAGUUUUAUUUACUUGUAGUUAUUUUGAAGAGAGGGGGUAACCAAAGUUGCGCCAAUCAAAUUGAUGCAAUUAAUUUGAUAUCGAACUAUAACUGAAAGAAAAAAAAAAACCCUUUUAAACAUGAGAAAAACAAAGAGAAAAAAAGCCCAAAAAUAAUCCGAACGUUAAAAUCGGUUCUCUCUCUCUCUCUCUCUCUCUCUCUCUCUUUCUUUCCUCCCUCCACUGUCCAACUCUCCUCUUUCUCUUCCCCCCUUUCCCCUCCAUAUUUCUCCCUCUCUCUCUUUCUCUCUCUUCUCAGCAAUUUCUUCUCAAACACAAUUCAAAUCUCAAAUUCCCUAUUCCAAUCCCAUCAGCAAAAAAACCCAACUGUAAUUUUCUCCAAAUUCCCCCUAAAAACUCAGAAUUUCAUUAGCAAAAUUCAGGCAAAUUCCCAGAAAUUCAAUCAAUCAAAUACCCUUUACUCCAAUUCAUCAAUGGCGUAACACCCAGAUUCCAAAAAACAGAGAAAACACCCACCAAGAACAAGAACAGGAAGAAGAAUAAGAAGAGGAGGAGAGAGAAAAUUGAUUGAGAAUUUCAUCAUCAUAUAUAUGGCGGCGAUGGCUCCAGAAAGAACUAGACAUCUCCAUAACUUCUCCUUACCACCACGCUUGAAUUGGGGUACUCAAAAACUUCUUCGUUGCGCCAAAAUCACCAAUACCAACAACCCCUCUUCCUCAAACGAUGCCGUUUCCGAUUCAAUUCCCGGCGACCGGAAACGCCGAAACGCAUCGUUUCGAUCUCCUCAACCGCCGUCUAUUCGUCGCGGUGAAGUCGACAAUGAAAUCGAAGUUAUUCGAGAAAAGCUAAUGCUCAAUCUUCGCUCUGAAGUCGAUAAAAUUAACGCCGAUUAUAUGGGAAAUUCCGAAUUAACCCCUUCGAUUCCGCCGCCUCCUCCGCCGGAAUAUCGACCGUGGAAUCUUAGAACUCGCCGGAGUCCGGCGACCGUUGAAAUUCCUCCGGCGACGGUGCCGGCGGAAGUUUGUGUUUCCGGGGUUGAUGGUGGGAGAGCGAAGUUUUCGGUGCCGUUGUCGAGGAAUGAGAUUGAGGAUGAUUUCGUGGAGAUGACGGGGAGACGACCUCCCCGGAAACCGAAGAAACGAUCUCGUUAUGUUCAGAGACAAUUGGAUACGCUUUUUCCGGGGUUAUGGUUGUCUGAGAUUUCGCCGGAGAUGUACAAAGUUAAUGAGACUCCGGAGCCUCCUAAGGUUGGAAAGUGAAAAUGAGAUAAUCGAUGGGUGGUGUUGCGGGAGUUUUGAGGUUGCUGUCCUUUGACAGUGGUAGUAUAUGAUACAGGUAGAUUAGUUCUACUGUAAUUGUAUUGGAAUUGGAAUUAUAGUGUAGAAGUGUUUGUGGAUCAAGGGUUUCAGGCAGAAAGUGUUGGUAAUUCUGUUGUAUAGUUGGCCAGUUGGGAGUAUAACUAGAGCUGAUAUGUUAGUUUCUUUUUCUUUCGGAGUACUUGUUAUCGAUCAAUCAAUCAAUAUAAUUGAUUUCGUUUCUAA